AUGGAGAAGAAGUUAAGGAUGGAGAAGAAGUUUGAGAUGGAGGAGAAGUUUAGAAUGGAGGAGAAGAAUCGAAGUAUGGAGAAGAAGUUAAGGAAGAAGAAGUUUAGGAAGGAGAAGAAGUUAAGGAAGAAGAAGUUUUGGAUGGAGAAGAAGUUAAGGAUAAAGAAGAAAGUAUGGAUGGGGAAGAAGUUUGGGAUGGAGAAGAAUCUACUAAUUAAGGAAGCAGAAGAAGUUAAGGAGGAUGGAGAAGAAGUUAGGGAAGGAGAAAAGGUUAAGAAUGAAGUACAAGUUAGGGAAGGAGAAGAAGUUAAGGAUGGAGAAAUAGUUUGGGAUGGGGAAGAAGUGAAGGAGAAGAAAUUAGGGAUGAUGAGGAAGAAAGUAAGGAUGGAGAAGAAGAAGUUAUGGACGGAGAAGAUGUUAAGGAAGGAGAAGAAACUAAGGAAGGAGAAGUUAGGGAUGGAGAAGAAGUUUGGGAUGGAAGAGAAGUUUGGAAUGGAUGAGAAGAAUCGAAGUAUGGAGAAGAAAUUAAGGAAGAAAUGA